UUUCUUCUAACUUUUACACCUUCUUUCUGGAUUUCCUGCACAUUUGUUUCAGAUAAUGGGACUGCUUAUUACCAUGCCAUCUGCGGCCUAGUAAUAAACAGCAGGAUCACGCACUUUCACCAUUUCACCACAUCGUAAAUGUCCCGUUUCUGGGUGCAAGAAAACAAUUUAACAAAGAAAAGAAACAAGUAUCAUCCACUUCACCCUUUUCAUCAGAGUUGUUGUUAUCACAAGAUCACUUUGACUUUAUGCCAAAUGCAACAACCACUGCGACGAGCCGCAUAAUCCACUAGCUGCAACAUCUCCUAAAGGUGACCAAAUUGCACAACACACAUUCAAUGGCAGAACAGGGAAAUAGAAGUCCAAUUAACCCCCACUUGGAGCCUAACCCUUUCGUUGAAGCUCAUCCAUAUCCAAUGUCAAGUAACACAUCCUCAUCUUCACCAUCACAAAACCCCUUCUUAUUCGCGAGUGAUGCCACCAACACUAACAAUGUUGGUCCAUAUGCAUAUCAAGAAAGAGGUAGUGUUAAUGGACUUCCGGGUGAAUCAUCACCAGGGAAUCCCUUCCAUGUGCCAACAAGUUCAAGUGAAGGUCUUCACACACUUCCAUCACCAGAGCGAGGUCAUUGGAGCAUGCCUAGUAGCGAAGCAAGGCCUUUUAACACACAUGGUGAAACACUUGAUCCCUUUCCAGGCCAAGUAUUAGACCCCUUCUUCUCAUUAGAAUCAGCACAAAACCAACAACGAGCUAGUGCUUCUACCAUCUCAAUGAGUGAACAGCAUGACCCCUUUUCAGUUACAAAUGAAAGACAUUCCUAUUCUGCAAACUCUGCCACGAAAUCACCUCAAAAUAAGUUCGCUAUCGAAACAUGUGAUGCUGAUAUCCCAAUCAGUUCUUUUCCCAACCAUGGACAACGACCUAGUGACGGUUUGUCUGGCUUCAGCAAUGGCUCAGAAAAACAAAGUCCUCAGAUACAGGUAAUGGAGCGUCCAGAGAGUCCUUUAAAUUCUUCGGAUUAUAGUUUUCCAUCUCAUGUGUUUGAUAGACACAAGUCAAACACCCAAUGGAGCAGUGCCUCUAAUGAAUCAUUGUUCAGCAUUCAAAUGGGGAACACGAGUUUCUCAAGUGACAUAGGUUGGAUUACUAAAUCUGGCGAAAUGGACACAUCUGCUUCACCGUUUCAUGGCAACCAGGCCCCACUCCCACUCCCACCAGCAACAAAAUUCACUGAUAUCAGCCAUAGCACUGCCAAACAACAUGAAGGUUCAAAAGUGACCGAACAAAAAGCUGCCGAGACAAUGAGAGAGGUUAUAAUGGAAAGCAGCAUAAAAAGAAGUAGCCUAGGUAACCCGGAAUCGCAUUAUCCUGAUAUGCAUUGUGAUUCUGGCACUCAUUGUCGUCAUUCAGAUGGCAGCACCAUAUCCUUUGCGUUCAAUGUAUUUACUGAUGGAGACAAAGGUCAUUCACCAAAGCAUGAAGAGGAGAAGAAAAAGCAGCAGAGCACUACCGAAGCAACAACAGAUGCAGUUCAGGCCCCCAAGCAAGCGCCAAAUGCUCCUCAGAACAAAUCGUGGCUAUCUUGCUUCCCAUGCUGUUGAUUAGAACGCGUUAGGUCCCCAUCUCCAUCAUAGUGUCUCUUGGCUUCUGCCAAAAUUAUUUUGUUGUCUCUGUCACCUUUACAGUUUAGUAUCACUCACAUGCACUACAGGGUAGCUCUAACUGGUUAGUUCUUAUUCUACUUUUUUCCAUUGCUAAACCUGUACCUCAAGUUCGGAGACCAGUCACAAAAUUUCUGGUUAACAAUGUACCAUAAUAGGUUAGUUUGAUAGCACUGUUGGUAGAUAAAUGAAUCAUCAGGAAAAGUGAAGGGGCCCGGGAUUCCUCAGCAAAUUCUUUUGAGAUGGCACACUAAAACACAUGCACACAAAGUUUCUGUGACAUGUUAACAUUAACAUCAGUUUGGUUUUGCUAAUAUUCCAUUGUCAUUUGGCACUUUUAAGGAUGUUGUCACGUAUCUAAAGGUCUCUCACAGCGGUAAUUGAAAAAGGAGGACCAGUUCAUAAGUGUUAAUGCAAUAUAAGUUUUGAGGAAAUCCAUUGAGAUAUAAUUAUUUGGAUUGUUGUUUUGAUUAUUUGUGGCUUUGUUUGAUGCUUGGGGGUUAAAACACAGAAAUGAGUUUUAUGUGAAAAUUUCAUUUUUGACAAGAUUUGUUUUGGAAGAUUUAGUUGGCAUUCUUCAGGUCCCAGUAUCUUAGAAGUUUCAGAGUUUAGAGGGAUUAAUCACCAUCACCCGGCUUCAAAA